CCGACGUGCAGCUGUGCGUUUGCUGCUGUUCACAUACAAUCCAGCGGGCAUCGCCUUCUCGCACCCGCAUACCACAUUCCACUCUCCCUGCAGCGACCCAGUACCUCUCUGUCACCGUCACUGUCACUACCACCAGCACCGCCUACCUCCACCGCUCCGCCGCUGCUGCACGUCAACUUCCGCUCCGCCCCCACCUGCAUCGCUGGCCGCAGCCUCGGGCCCACCACCGCAGCCAUGGGCUUCCUCAAGCACUUUCGCUCCAAAUCUCGCCUGAAGCAGGACAGCCCGCCACGACCCAACUAUGCCAACUACCCUUCCUCGCCGCCGCUCCCUCGACACAUGGGCCGCGACCUGACGAAACGACUCCCCGAGAAGGUGCUUACUAACAUCUUCUCCUAUGUGUGCCCCCACACCCAAGACUACACCUACGAGCAAUGCGAGCAAUCUCAAAUUGGCGAUGGCUGCAUGCUCUGCGAUCUCCGAGACCUCGCACACUGUGCUCAGACAUGUAGGAAGUGGUACGCUUCAGCACAGCAGCAACUCUACACCAGCGUACGCAUCGAUGCAGUGCACUAUUGUGAACUCGAAGACAUACUGGCAGACAAGCGAAAGAAGGCGGCGAAGGGGCAUUUCCGAAACAAGAGUGCGGUAGAGCCUGUCGAGAUACCCAACAUCAGAUUGUCAUUGCUAUGUCGAACAGUUCGAGAGCAAUCGAACUUGGCGACGCAGACAUUGUUCCUCAAAAUUCCCUACAUGACACGCGAGACUGCGAAAGGAGACCUUGCACGGACUGUGGCUGCCAUGCCGAACCUGAGAUACGUCGACUUGCCAGAUGGGUUCUACAGCGGCGAUCCGACAUGCUUGGGACUCAGGCAAGAACUGCAAGCGCGCUGUCCAGACAUCCGAAAAAUGAUAUACCGGGGCGGCUCAGAGGAUGCACUGGAACUGCUCGCACACAGACAUUGGCAGGCCAUUGAGACGUUGGAACUUACAGGACUUUCCUUGGAACCGGCUACCCUGCGUAUUGUGCUCGGCAGUCUACCAACUUUGAACGACCUAACUCUUGCAGAUAUGCCUUGGGUGGACGACAGCAUGUUCCAUCCAGCUCCUGGCCAACUUCCUGAUUUUCCAGCAGUUCAGCGCUUGAAGUUGAAACACAUUCCGAAAGUCACUGCCGAAGGUUUGGAUUCUUGGUUGGAAGCACCGCAUAUUCGGGAAAUGCUCUUCUCACUAAGUUUGGAAAACACUGGCAUCACUGUACAAGAUCUGCAUCAAGUGCUGUGGAACGCCAGCCACUUGUCACAUUUGUCCAUUGUUGAGACAGUAGCAAAGUCGCUGUCUUUGGCUGCACAGCAACUUCCCGCGCUUUCGUCGAUCUCGCUGCAGACGCUGCAUUUCGAAAUCAGCAGCGCUGAAGACAUCCACGGCCUGCAGAAACCCGCUGAGUCGUAUUACGCAUACCUGGCAUCCUCCCUUCAUCAGAACUCUCUUCCUGCGCUUACCACACUCUACGUUCGAGAUCAGACCUUCCCCGAAUUGCUCCUCCUUCCUCCACUACCGAUGGGCUUCGGUAGCCCUGACUCAAAGAAGAAUCUUGCACAAUUACAAGGCGGCGGCUUUAACCAAACUCUCGAGGUCUUCUCUAAGGGCAUGGACGAGCUGGAAUGGGUCUUCACAUCCAUUACUCCACAGAACAACCCCUCAGAUAAACGCAGCAGUGUCAUUGCUUCAGGCGGCAGACCCCUGAGCGCAUACAGCGCAGGUCGGGGUCUUGGACCUCAAUGGGCACAGGGCGGUUUUGGUGGCGAGGCUCGCAAAUCCGUCAUUGUAGGAAACGGCUUCGGCGGUUUCCUUGCUGUGCCACAAGAGGAGGCUCCGCGACCUACGACUUCGGACGGCAGUGGGCACCGGGGUUCGAGGUUCGGCAGCUUCGGCGGAGGGAAGUCCGAUCGGAGUAGUUUCUUCAUGGCUCCUCCGAAGAUCUUCGGCGAUAGCGCUCAUCAACGGAGAGGAAGUAAGCAAGAUUUGUGGCGAUGAGAGACUAAUCGCUUUAUGUGUUGGACUGGGCAUUUUGUGAAUUGGGAUUUGGAAAUGCUGUACGUUGGGGCAUGGGCGGAUGGAUGCUUGUCUGCAUCUCCCCAGGACGGAUUGACUACUAGAGGUAAUGCGAGCCGGUAUUGCUUGCCUUUGGGAUAUGUGUGGGAGCUGGAAUCUGGUGAUUGGGUGGAUACUUUAUGCAUGCGCGAUGGGAGGCUUUAAUGGUGUUUGCGGUGUUUUCUCACGAAGGAAGAGGAAAGGCAUACACACCGACACGAUCGUUGGGGGCUUAUUCCACAACAAUGAGCAUCCUGAAAUUUUCUUUAAAUGUACUAUCAAAUGGAUACCCGCGAGAAGACUGGUCUCUGGGAGGAAUGGAGGAGGCAUAGAAUUAGCAUCAUAUUAUCGGCUUCGGAAGGUAGUAAUGUAUCAUACCGAUGUUCGAUGUCAGACCGG